CCGCAGCCCGCACUGGUUUUGAAAUCUGGCAAGCGCCUCACUUCGAAUGCUCUCGUGAACACGGCAAGACAUCCACGCCCAGCGCCAACCGCCCAAGAUGUCUCUCGUAACCGGCGAGAAGUCGAACUUCCAGUUCAUCUUGCGUCUCCUCAACACCAACGUCGAUGGCAAGGAGAAGGUCAUGUACGCCAUGACCAAGAUCAAGGGUGUCGGUCGCCGAUACAGCAACUUGGUCUGCAAGAAGGCCGAUGUCGACCUCAACAAGCGCGCCGGCGAGCUUACCUCCGAAGAACUCGAGCGCAUUGUCACGAUCCUCCAGAACCCAACCCAGUACAAGAUCCCAACCUGGUUCCUCAACAGGCAGCGCGACAUUGUCGACGGCAAGGACUUCCAGGUGCUCGCCAACGGUGUCGACAGCAAGCUCCGUGAUGAUUUGGAGAGACUGAAGAAGAUCCGCGCCCACAGGGGUCUGCGUCACUACUGGGGUCUCCGUGUCCGUGGACAGCACUCCAAGACCACCGGUCGCCGCGGCAGAACCGUCGGUGUCAGCAAGAAGAAGGGUUAAAGGUGUGCGCUGCUGGGAGUUUCUUUGCGGCGAUGGUGGGAAAAGGCGUCUUCAACCAGCUGGCUGCUGGUGGCACAUUGUCAUGUCAUGCAUUGGUUCAUGCUAUAGCGUGCUGUAAAGAGACAGAUGCGCAUGUAGCUACGCCAGAAAUCCGAUCGUCAAAGUUCAGCGAGGCUUGCUUUCUGAUUUACGACCUGAAAUGGGAUACCCGAAUGAUACUUGAAUGCCCACCAUGAUGAGCAGGCAUUUGAACAUGCGCUGGCCAAACAAUUCCCUCCUGUUGAAACUUCUCGUUGGUAGUGGCCCACGAAGCCCAGCUGAUGCACUCUCAGAUUUGUUUGGCAUUGUCAAUCUAGCAAACACGGUUAGAGCGCCCUCACUUGAGUUCGUACUUCAACUUCAACAUCGCCGGCAACUCAACUUGACCUGCGUGCAGCACCAGAUUCAACCACUUUGGGAGCUUUCCCAGGCCCAUCGCCUAAUCCACACUCGCCCACAG